AAACAGUAGAGCAGUAACAGGGAUUCUGAAACUAAGGCAUGGAGAUAGUUGAUGUCUGUCCCAUGAACAGGGUAUCCCAGUGGCCCUGACGAGAUGGGAGAAUGUUACAGCAAGAAAUCUGUGGCCCCAGGGUACGAAACCCCAGGGAGAAGCAGCACCACAUCUGCAAGUUCAGAGUGAAAUACACAACAAAGACACAGGACACUGAAAGAGUCCCUGGAAACUGGACAGAUGGCGUUUACUUUGGCACAACUUGAGGCCUUGGAGAUUUGCCUGAAGGAAGCAGAAGAAAAGGCUAAAACCUUAUCUGAACAGCUUGCAGCCUCUGAAGGAACAAAAUCAAAACUGCUUGAGCAAGUUUCCUGGCUGGAGGAAAAACUACGGGCUCUGGAUCAUAAGGAAGACAGUGGUGAGCCAUAUGAAAAAAUGGUUCUUGCAAAAGACCAGUGCAUUGAGAAAUUACAAGCUGAAGUGAAAGCUUCCCAGGAGCAACUUACAGCCCAUAAACUAAAGCACAAAAGGAAACUGAAAAUGCUGCAAACUGAUUUGGCAACAGCUAAGCAAGAGGCUGCCAUCACAGUCCUGGAACUGAAUGAGAAGAUAAAGACUCUGUGUGAAGGAAAGCCAGCCCCUAGAGUUUUGGAGCAGUGGAGACAGCCCCCAAGUGACAGAGUAAACAUCAUAGGAACUUAUUACAUCAAAAGAAAAGAAGACAACCCUCGGGUAGAGUCCUGUGGCGGUCUCCCGCCUGUGGAAGAAGGUGAUCAAAAAAUUAACCUGAUUAUGGAGUUGUCAAUGCAGGUUUCCCUUCAGACUGAAAAGAUCACCCAGCUGGAAGAAGUUUUAGAGGAGAAGGAAAGGAAGAUUCAGCAGCUGGAAGCUGAGCGGGGAUCCCAUCCUUUCCAAGAAGUUGACGAGUCUCCACAAUGUUUACAAGAAGCCCCAAUUUUCUUUAACAAUAAUGUCACCCCUGUGGUCUCUCAUGAGGAUAUGUAAGGAUUCCCAAUAAGAAAAUAAUAAAUGUUUAUUAAGGGUCA